UACUGGUAAUCAGAUUGUAUCAGAUUCCAUAAAUUGAAAAGUUCAAAUUGCUCAAUCGAAGUAUAUUAAAACUCUAUCUAAAACUCAUAAUGACCGGGCGCAACCGGAAUCAAGUAACUAAACUUGAAACUAUCAUAGAACAGUGUCGUGGAGAGGGCAAAUGGCAACGAGUGACCGAACUAGCAGACGAACUUAAGGCAGGGUAUCCUCAAGUUGAGAGCCUUGCAAACUUUUUGAUGGGCGAAGGUAAGUUAGAAAAAUAUCUUGAAGAACACCCGCCAGUAGAGGAUAAUUUCCACAAGGCUAAAUUGGGACUUUCCGAGGCCAAACGCUACCUGAAUUCAGUUAUUGGUGAAAGUGGGAAGAAAGCAGGCAUUGCUCUCGAUGCUCACUUACUGCUAGCGAAGCUGUUUUAUGCCUGUGGACAAUACGACGAAUCGUUGCAAAAUUUUAUAUUGGCUGAACUGAAUACACUGUCGGAGAAACAUUUGUCACCGCGAAGUAUUCGAAUCCUGGCGGAAUCAUACGCAAUCAAAGGUAUGUGUUUAGAGAAGAAAGGUGCAAAGGCAGCUUCGAAGUAUAAGCAAGCCGAACAAGAAACGGAAAUGAUCACUUGCUUUGAGCGAGCUGCAGAUUUGGGUAUAUUGUAUCUCCAAGGUCAGGAUACUAACUCUCAAAACGAGGUUCGACGUAUGGGUGCGGUUUUGGAAACAGGUUUACAGCGUGCUCCAAUUGUACUGAUAAAAGCUGGAAAGCUGCAAAACGCGAUCGAUCGUUACAGAGUGAUGUUGAAUGCUGUAGAAACAAAGGCUACACAGACAUUAAGAUUGACGUUAGCAAGGCAGCUAGCAGAAGUUUUAUUGAGAGGAGUAUCAGGAACUAUUUAUACACCACCGACUAAUCUAAACGCGGCCAGUUCUGCGAAUAAACGGUUAUGGGAGCCAAAGAAGUAUUCUGCCAGGCAGCAAUUCAUUCCGAAAAAUCAACACGAGGAAACAAUUCUAUUACUUUUGGUUGCCGAAGUAUUAGCUGUAAGAGAUGCUGUCCUGUCACAGAGUCCCGAGUUCAGAGAAGCUAGAUUACAUUCGUUGGGAAACGCAACGGCCAUAUACGAUUUACUGACAUUAGCUACGGUACGUUGGAAUCAGGCCGGAUAUCUUCACGAUUCGCUGGAGAAAGCAUUGAAAUUUUCUUUUGGUGAGAGCCACGUAUGGAAGCAGUAUGCGACGUGUUUAAUUGCCAUGGGACGGUAUAAGCACGCUGUUUGUGCGCUAAAGGAAUAUUCAAAAUUAGAACCUCAAGAUGGACUUAGUUGUCUAUUGGCAGCAAGAUUGUGCUAUGAACAUUUAGAUCAGAUCAAAGAAGGUCUAGCUUUUGCUGAAGAAGCCUUAAGUAAAGAGAACAAAGGACUACGACGUUCGAGAGCUCAACUAUUUGUUGGAAUAGGCUUACAGCAAAUUGCUGUUUCUUCAAAUCUCGUGUCGGAAAAAGUUCGAUUUAAUAAGCUUGCAUAUGAAGCGCUUGAACGAGCAGUUCUUCAAGAUCCCAACGAUCACCUUUCGGAGUAUUACCUAGCGUGUCAGUAUGCCUUUAAUUACAAUAUCGCCGAGGCACUGCUUCAUAUAACCAACGCUUUGUCCCUUCGAGCAGAACAUGCCUCAAGUUUACACUUGUUCGCUCUUCUACUCACGGCAAACAGGCGCCCGAAGGAAGCAUUAGCAGUUGUGCAAGAUGCCACCGAAGAAUUCCCAGAUAAUUUGAAUCUCUUGCAUGUCAAAGCCCACCUUGAGCUACAUCUGAAAGACGUUGAGACUGCACUCGAAACCGUUCAACGUAUGCUGUCUAUCUGGCGGGAAGUGUAUGAAGUACAACUAGCAAAUGCUGGCAACGGAAUGGAGCACGAAAAUGAAAAACAUUCCGAUACAAAGAGCGUAUUACAAAUGCAAUCUUCACAAAUGUCGGACAAAGAUUCCAAUUCUAUUCACGCUGCAUCUUUAGCGGCAUCUCGUAUUGAACAUGCUUUGAGUGAAGCUGCCAGUUCUUUAAGCUCAUUCAACCCCCGACCUGGACCUCAAAAAGCCUGGACAACACAGUUCAAAAUAUGGUUGCUGCUGGCCGACGUUUAUCUGGCCAUAGAGCAACCCAACGAAGCAAUCAACUGCAUUCAGGAGGCAUGCUUGAUAAACCCGGUGUCACAUCAAGUGAUGUUCAUGCGUGGCCAAAUACACGUAUAUCAACAACAAUGGGCGGAAGCAAAGCAAAGUUUUCAGAAUGCGGUAUGUGCAAACCCGUAUCACACUGACGCUUUGCGUGCUUUAGGCGAGGCUUACCUCACUCUGGGGGAGCCAAGGUUGGCAGAAAAAACUUUAAAGGAUGCUGCUCGUAUUGAUCCAAACUGUCCAAAAAUUUGGUUCCUUCUAGGAAGAGUGAUGGAAAGUCUCGGUGAUUAUGCGGCAUCGGCCGAUUGUAUGGCAGCAGCGUUACAACUGGAACCAUCCUGCCCAGUACUACCUUUCACUUCGAUUGCAUUGGUGUUCGAGUAGAGCUCGUUUGUUUAACAUUUUAUUGUAGCCAAGGAGACCACAGUUACAGUUUACUGCUUUAUAAGAGAUAUAUAUAUAUA